CUUUUCCGUUGCUCAGUUUAUGGUCCACAAGAAGUUUGUGAAUCUGACGUCGACACGAGAAUCCACGUGGAUUGACAGAACCCCACAUCCCGCGGCACGCAAUUAUCUCGACGAAAUGGCACCAAUCAACGGAAUUCGUGAUGAUGACGCUGCGUCAAUUCGUCUCCGAGAUAGCUUUCGAGAUGAGGUCUCGAAGCGAAUGGGCGAACUUUUGUUAAAGGGACAGACGAUGUUGGAUGAGUACUGCCCGACUUGCAGUGGAAUUCUCAUGGAGGACCGAGCUCUCGUGCGUCGUUGCGUCACCUGUGAACUUUUCAGAGAAAAAUCGUCGGUUAUUGUCGGCGAGGUUUCAUUGCAAGACGAAGACCUGAAUGAAGCUGUGAACAACAAGAUCCCAACCCCAGCGGCUCCAGUGAAUAAACCAGCGAAAAAAGCAGUGCUCCAGAAAUCUGCUCCAGCGAAAAAGAAGGAAGCUGUUCCGGCUGCUGCUGAGCCAUCAUCGUCUGAUACAAUUGAAUCAGCCACCACUGCAGUCCUUCAGAAGCUCGAAUGGGCCACCGAUCGGCUCAAUUCAACGGAAGAAGUCGCUCGUGUCAUGGAUUUUCUUUCCGUCAUUCAAAAAUCUGCCGAAACUCUCAAGGCUCUCCGUAUUUGAAUCUCAUGUUGCUCUUUUUGUUUUCGAAUUUUGUGGUUCAAUUAUUGCUUGUUGGUAUAAUUUGAAACAUUUUCAAAAUAAAUAAACGCUUUUUCCAUUU